AAAGCGUACUCGAGACUCGUCCCAGUCCGGAUGUAUCUGUGAAACGAUUCUUGGUUUUCAAAUAUAUAUCUAGGUUAUCGCUUCGUUGCUCCUAUUAAGGUCCCGCGAGAUUUAUCGUUGGUCUCGCGUUGACCCGUUGAUCGGUGCGUGCGUGCGUGCGUGCGUGUUCGCGUUACGCAGUCGACUUAAGUAGAUUUUUUUCCGAACAAAUGUUUCGCGACUCUCGUCUUUCUGCCAACGUCAAUUGAGAACGUCGCGAAAUCGCAAUGCGGACGAAGCUGCAGCUAUUGUUGGUCGCGUUGCUCCUGGCGGUCCUGAUAGUGGACGUGUCCGCCCAACAGCACAAACGGAAAUAUCGACGUCGUACGACCACAACAGAAGUACCUAUGCAAGAUGAGAUCAUGAACAUGUUGGAGGCUGAUGAAACAGCCGAGGAGGCGGAGGACGCUGAGGUCACUCUCGAAAAUGGCAGAAACGAGGCUGGAUCGAAGCAGCAGCUCCAGGCAGACCCGUGCCUGGACAAACACUGCGGCGCUGGUCGCGUUUGCAAGAUUACGGAGGAGGGCACGGCCGAAUGCAUUUGCGUGGAGCUUUGCAACCAGGAGGUCGAUCCGCGUCGCAAGGUCUGCACCAACUAUAAUGAGACCUUUGGUAGCGACUGUGAGGUCUAUCAAGCGCGUUGCUUUUGCAAUACCGGUGACGCCAGGUGUAGAGGCCCCGAUUAUCAACAUAUUCACAUCGAGUACUAUGGCGAGUGCCGACAGAUGCCCAUGUGCAAGGAGGAGGACAUGGCUGACUUUCCCAGACGAAUGCGCGACUGGUUAUUCAAUAUCAUGCGCGAUUUGGCAGAUCGUCAAGAAUUGCCAUCGCAUUAUCUGAAGAUGCAACGCGAGGCCGAAACCAAUCAUACGUUGCGUUGGGCGAACGCGGCUAUUUGGAAAUGGUGCGACUUGGACGGGCAUCCGCACGACCGGGCAGUGUCAAGGCACGAGCUCUUCCCUAUCAGGGCGCCCUUAAUGGCCCUCGAACACUGUAUCGCGCCCUUCCUCGACUCUUGUGACAUCGACAAUGAUCAUAAGAUUACGCUGAUCGAGUGGGGCAAAUGUCUAGAGCUCGACGAGGACGACAUAGAUGACAAGUGCGAUGAAUUAGCAGAGGCGAAUCACGAGCAUUAGAGACACAUCGAAUCCUCCUCGGAGAAGGAUGAGAGAGGAGCGCGAGCGACAGAAUAGAUCGGGAUAUACGAACACAAUAGCAGGACAGGCAAACGGUCAAGGAAGGGCGGGAGGGGCGCGAAGGGCGCAGGUGACGCGCAGAGAAGGGCAGGGCACGGCAGGGGAGAGAAUGUGUAGAUAAAAAUGGCGGGAAAAAUCGUCGCAAACGCGCGUGCGUAGACACGGUAGUACGCAGGCCCUGCACGCACCGACGAGUCGAUACUGCGCGACGAGGCCAUAUCAUUGCGAUGCUGAUAUGCCGUGCCUUGGUCUCCUCGUUACGUGCCAAGCAACCGACAAUCGAACUGCUUCAAAUUAGCUCCUCAAUAAUACAGGCCUCGUCGUAGUCCUGCGCACGGCGACGCAAUUCGCGAUUACGGUCGAUUACGCGGAUAGGGAGAAUUUAAAUUUCAAUAUGCAAUCGAACGUUGAUGCAUCUCGAUACUUACAGUCGCAUAAUUCAAUUAAUUCGAAUUCAAGUCAAAAGAACGAUAUGAUUCGAGGCGUACAUGCAAACAAAUAUUUGCUCUUUCGAGAAAUACAGAAGAAUGCAAAGGAUUCGAUUUUUAGAAACGAUUCAGAGAAUUUGAGUUCGGAUAAAGAGAAGAUAUAUCUCGAUUAUAAGCGUAUAAAUAGAACGUACAAUAAGUAAAUUGUACUAAACAUAAAUUUAUCAUUUUGUUAUUUAAAAGAGAAAAUCGAGAAAUAUCCAUGUGAUUAUAAAGCUAAAAAUAAAUGUGUAAGUGAAGUAUCGACUUUAUUCGACAAACUCGUCGAUGAAAAAUAUUUGAAUAAUGCGGAUCUUUUACAUAUUUACUCGCCAUUUUGUGAUCACCCCGCCAUAUGUCGUUAUAAUCGUCCGUUUCGCCGUCCAACAAUGAUCCAGACUUGUGAUCGUAGAAAUUAAUUCUCCUUUCGAGAAAGAAUGCAUACUUUUCUGAAAUAUAUUAUUAAGACACGUUAUACACACACGUUCAAUAUAAAAAUUCGCAUUCGCGCUCCUUGUAGUAUAAUUUUCAUGUUAUCCCGUAGCAAUAUAUUAUUUUCUAUAUACGACUUUUUUGUAUAAAAUCACUGCCUUUUCCGAUAAUAAAGAGAAAUAAUACCGUUA